UAACUAGGCAACGAGACGCUUCACGGUCACGCUACAGAUUGUGUGUUUAAGACCAAACAGCAAAAGAGCUUUCUGCAGAAAGGAUCAACACAGAGAGUCACAGGAUUCUCAGAGUGCUGAUGGAGAACAGUCAAAUGCAAGCAUCUGUAGGCACAGGUGGAGACAGGACUUAAGACACAGACAUCAUGUCAGAGGCUGAAGCUGAGCAGCUCGGCACAAGCUGCGAAGAGAAGAAGCAACAAUCACAGGAUGGUGAUGAUGAAGAAGAGAAGAGGGAGAGGAGGAGCAGUGAUGAAGCUGAGGAGAGCAGUGAUGAAGCAUGGGGCAGGGGAAAUGAGAUUGCGAUGACCCGGCAGUCUCAAGUCUACACUGCAACCCCUGACACACUUUUCUCAGAGACUCACACCAGAACACAUGCACUGUCAUUGGAAUGGGUAAUUGGGAAGAAUCCUGCACUUCCCGUCUACAGUCUGCAAGACCACGAUCAGCUACUGAUCCUCUAUGCUGGAGCAAACAUCGGGAUCAUCUUCAACCACACGUCAAAGUCCCAGCACAUGCUUCAGGGUCAUUGCAACCCCAUCUCAUGCAUGUGUGUGAGUGAAGACAAACGCUGGGUCGCAACUGCAGACCAGGGGCCGAAAAGCCUGGUGAUGAUAUGGGACUCCUAUUCUGGAAUUCCUGUGCAUACCUUGUUCGACUGCCACCCUGAUAGUGGUGUCAUUGCAAUGGCGUUUUCAAAGGAUGCAAAACAUCUGGUUACCCUCGGAGCUGAAGAUGUUCAACGUCUGUGUAUUUGGGAUUGGACGAAUGAAAUGGAAAAGCCUUUAUGCUUUACUGAAAUCAAACCUGAGCAUGGUUUUCAAGAGCAUGUCAUUUUUAACCCAAACAACAGCACUCAGCUGCUCACCAGCAGUCGAAGCCAGGUGCUAUUUUACAGUGGGGCUCAGGAAAAUCUGCAAUACGUUGCCCUGAAUCUUAAAAAGUUCGGUGACGCAGCUACUGGUGGAAGUGGUGCUUCUGUAUUACCACAGUCUUCUCCUGAUCUUUCUCAAACUGUCAACGUGGCUGCCAGGUUUCUGAGUAGGUCUGCGUUUCACCGGAGGAAGCCUCAGGUCCUCACUGGCACUGCAGCAGGGAGCCUUGUGGUCUGGGACGUGACGGAAGACUCGGCUGCAAACAAGAAUCUUUCUUCUCGAAACAGAGUCAAGGCCAUUCGGCUUCAGAAAGAUCCGAUCACUGUUCUCGUCGCUACCGACAGCUAUAUUGUAACCGGUGACACUCAAGGCGAUAUCAAGUUUUAUGAUGAUGAAAUCAGGCUUCUCAAAUGGUACGACAACCUCAACCUGGAUGCUAUUGAGUCCAUUUCCUUUUCCAAAGAGUGCACAGAGGGGUAUAUAAAGGACUACCGUGUGGAGGCCAGACCCUUCAUAUUCAGGAACUUUGUUGUGUCCACAGUCGGGUCCACAGUAGUACAUGUGAAUGGACAGACAAGCAUCACACAGAUUCUGCUGAGUGAGGACUGUGACCCUGUACACGCAGUAGCCUGUCACCCCAAACAGCCAGUUGUUGCCAUGGGUACCCACAUGGGCAUUUUAAAAGUAUGGGAUUACAACGACAAAGCGAUCAUCUGCAGAAGGGUCUUUGAGACAGAGAUGCAGAUUCAGUGUGUUACUUUUGAUCCUCAAGGAUCCUACCUGGCUGUUGGCUUUGGCAGCGGUGCUGUUCACAUACUGAAUCCCAGCACUUUGCAAAGUGAUCAUGAGGAAUGUUUUCAUUUCACUAAAGAAGGCAUCCUUCACAUCACUUUCUCCUCAGACUCAAAGUAUCUUGCUACUGCAGAUGCUGGAAAUGCAGUGACAGUGUUCCGCCUGCAGGCUAAAGAAGGGUCUUCACCUUGUUGGAUGUAUCUGGGCAGAUACUGCUCCCACUACAAGCCCAUCAAAGACCUUCUUUUUGGGGUUCACCUGGACAGCACCCAACCCAGACUGCUAUCUCUGGGAAUGGACCGUCGUCUGGUUGAGUACGACUUGGAGAAAUCUGAAGUGAACCAGCUCCUCCUUUUAAGUUCUGAGCGCAUUGAGCAAAGUGCCGUUCCAACGUGCAUGACUUGGUAUCCUCCGCUGACUGCAGAGCAGUUUCUUCUCAUUGCCUCAGACCAGUACAAGAUGAAGCUUUUCAACAGCACGACCAAGAUGUGCAGACAGACUCUCCUUGGUCCAACAUACGGCUUACCCAUUAAGAAAGCAGCGGUUCUUCCCAAGCUGAAAGAAUCUGAGACUAACUCAUAUUACCUGGCUUACAUCACAGAGGACAUGGUGGGUCUCCAGAUUUUGCCUGUUGAUGGAAACCCCUACAAGUCCAAUGCUCUGAUCUGCCACCCGACAGGGGUGUCUGCUUUUGCCUGCUCCUACGACGGCCGAUUUGUCUUCACUGCAGGCCGAUCUGACUGCACUGUCCUGUCAUGGGAGAUAAGCUUAAAUGCUUUGAAAGCAGCAGCCUCAUUGGGUGGAAAGGACAUGCUACCUUUUUAUACCCUUUUAGAAGGAGGGAGAGAAGGAAAGUUCUACAGGGAUAUUGAGGACUUUUUCUAUCUUUGCCAAGUCCGUCAUCAAGGCACUUACACAAUGGAGAAACGUCAAGUGUCGACCACAAUCCCCCUGUCUGAGGUCCCUUCUCUGAUGAGAGCAUUGGCCUAUUUCCCUACGGAGCAAGAGAUAGAAGACAUGCUAAAUGAGGUCAAGUUCAGCAAGUAUGCAGAAACAGGAAAAUAUGUGACCAACAUUGACCAAGAGGAGUUUAUCAAACUGUAUGUCAACCAUCGACCGGCCUUCGGCAUCUCUAUCGAUGAGCUCACCAAAGAUUUCCAUGUCCUUGGUAAUCAUAACAGUGCAGGACGGCCUGUCCUGCACAGACAAAAGCUGCUAGAAUUACUGCAGGCUCGAGGAGAACACAUGACAGAGGAUGAGGUGGCAGAGUGUUUCACUACACUUUUAGGUCUCAAUGAAGAGGAAGAAGAAGAAGGAGGAGUUGAGGAUUCUGAGAAUGAGAUUCAUCAAUCUGAUGGUGGCAAUUCAGAGUAUUCUUUGGAGUGUGCAAUUCCAGAUGAGAUAUCAUUGGAGACAUUUACAGGUCACAUCCUGGGCUUCCCAACCCCAGCAGAGCAGAGUGACAGAUCCUCCUCUCCACAGUGAUGAAAGCAACAAACGACCUGCUCGUUCAGAAUAAGUGGUGUUGAUGACAAGCAUCAGACCGUUCCUUUCCAUUACAUGCCCUAAUACAAACUCUGGCUUUUUUAUGUAUUUGAUUUUGAAUAAUAUAUAAAUAUUAAGUUAGAUGUUUUUUAUUAGAAAAGAUUAAA